AUGAAACAACUUGAAAUGGUUUAUUUAAUGAAAGUGAUACUUCACCUUAAAGACAUGGAAGACAUUCAAAACAUUGAAAUGAUUAAUAAGAAAUGUGGUUCUGUUAUCAGUGCACUAAAAAUUAAUCCAUGGUUUACAUCAGAAAGAGACAUCAACAAGUUUUGUAGAAUAUUUAAUCCACCAACAUGUAACUGUAAUUUACUUAAUGUUGAUGAGUCAGUAUUAACAAAUGUUGAGAACAUAAGAAAUUAUGAUUUGGGUCAUUUUAUAUAUUCAAUAAAAGGAAAUGACAGAAAUAAUCAACUUAAUCAACAACAGAUAACAGAAGAACAACAAGAAAGGCUUGGUAAGAUUAUUCAAAAAGUAGAGUCCAUGACUUGUUUUUCAUAUGCGUCUGAAAAGAUAAUAGAAGUUAUUAUUCAAAAGAUGAAAAAAGGAAUUAAAAUAAGGUGUAGCGAUGAAUUUGAGAAAAAAUUUGAUUGUGUGUUUAAUAGAUUUGAAACAAACUCCUUAUUUUAUAAAUUUGAUAAUUCACUUGCCAAUUUUAUAGUAAGUGCUGAUAGAUAUCCAAGUGAAAUGAUAAUUCAAGGAGACACUGAUGGGAGUUACGUUAAAGAACCAGAAAAGAAAAAUAUUAUUCUCAUAAAUUCUCGUAUUAAAAAAGACAUAAAAAUACUAAAAGGUAUUAAAUUGUAUUUACCUAAUAUUGUUUUAUUAGAUUCAAAUAAUGAAAGAAAUGUAACGUUUAUUAGAUCAUCAGUUAGCUCACUAUUUUCAAAUAUAACACCAACAGUUGAACAAUCAGGUAAUGGUAUUUCUAAUGUAAACGUAGAUAUUAAUAACUUUAUUGAUGAAGAGAGUAGAGAGAAUACUUAUAAGAUUCUUAAUGAUCUUUAUGCAACUUCUGUUUCAAUUUAUGGGAUCACACAAGGAGUGGAUACACAAAAUGUAACACCAAUUAAUAUAUCACUAUUACCUGAAUAUAUUAAAAAUCUUUAUAUCUAUUCAUCCGAUCAAAAAUUAAUAAUUAAUCAACAAAGCGUUGAACAUUUAGAAAUACUUGGACAAAAGUCUUUUGUUGAACUUCAAUCAGUAGACAAUUUGAAAAGAUUAAAACUACAGGGAGUAAAUAAACUUAAGAUAAGUAAAAUGAAAGAAGAACAGCAAAUUAUAUCAACUAAUAAAAGAAGAUAUUGGAAAGAAAUACAAGAAAUUGCAAAUAUAUUCUCAAGUCUUGAAGAAUUUCAAUUAAACCAAUGUUUUAAUUUAAAUAUUAACGUACUAUCAAAUAAUUUAAAAAGUAUUGAAAUGAUUAAUUCUACAGAUUGUCAAAUUAAUAUUAAAUCAGAUUGUAUCGAAAGAUUGAAAUUAGAAGGAAAUAAACAAACACAAUUUAAAUUAUCAACAAAUAAAUCAAGUAAGAUUUGUAUUAAAGGUUGUGAGAUUUUUAAAUUGAAAAUAGAAUCAAAUAAUGAACAAAAUAUUGAAAUAGCAAAAGGAAAUCAGAUCAAUGUAAAAUCAAAAUGUCCAAUUAAUAAAUUAAUAAUAGCAGAAUCUAAAGAAGUUAGUAUUAUAGGAAAUAAAGGAUGUAAUACAAUGAAAGUAAUUGAAUCUACAAUUAAUAAAAUUGAUAUUAAACCAAAGAAAAUUAUAUUUAAAUCAAUUGAAGAAUACAUUAAAGUAUCUCUGAAAGAAGCAGAAGAGAUAUAUAUUGUAUCAAUGAAAGAAUAUAUCUUUGAAGAAUUAUUUGAUAAAUGUAAGAAAUUAUAUAUUGAUGAAUGUGAGAAUUGUCAAUUCAUAAUCAACAAGAAUCAAAUCAAAGAAAUGAAAAUAACAAAAUGUAAAAAUACAGAAAUCACAGGGAAGUUAGAUAAUAUUGAAGAAAUCAUCACAAUAGAUAAUGAAGAAUGUAAUAUUCCAGAAACAAAGAAUAAUAUAAAAGAAGAUACAGAAAUAAUAGAAAUAAAUAAUACAAAUAAAGAUAUAGAAAUAGAGACAGAUAAAAAAUAUGUUAUAAUAAGAAAUAUUCAUGAUCGUAAGAUUAAAAUUAGAAGUGAUAUUAAUAGUGAUGUUACAAUAGAAAAUUGUAAAAAUAUCACACUUGAAGGAGAAUAUGAAGAAUAUGGAAAUAUCAAUUUCAUUAAUUGUAAGAAUAAAGUGUAUAACCAAAAUCAAAAAAAUAAAUUAACAAUUGGAUCUGCUAGAUCAAUAUUAUUUAAUAAUUGUGAGAGUAUUGAAUUUAAUAUGUAUAAAAUUAGAAAUUUACUUGAAAUUAUUAAUAGUAAAAUUGGUAUUAGGAUAUCAUCAAAGGAUAAUAAUAUUAUUGAUACAAUAAAUAUUGAAAACUCUGAACUAUAUCAUUUUACUUUACAUCUGCCAAGUAAUAAAGCCAAUAUAAUUAAUAGCACAGGAGUUGGUUGUGUCGUUCAACAAUGUCAAGAAGAACUAACACUGAAAAGAAUGGACAAUAUUCGAAGUAUGUUGAAUGAAAGUUUGAAGAAACUUGAAAUGGAAGAGUGUAAUGGAAUUGCUAUUCCUAGUAAUGUCAAAGGAAAAGAAGUUAAAAUGGUAAGGUGUCAUUUUAUAAAAAUGGUUGAUACUUCAAAUUCAAUUACCCAGAUUGAAUGUGAUAAUGUUGAAGUGAUAACACAAACCGUGAUGAUUGGAAGAGGACCUAUAGGUGGCAAUGGUAUCCAAAUAGGAGAAUUUAUUCCUAAUAACAUGCCAAUAGGAGGAUUUGGAGGAGGAUUCGUUCAUUAA